UUAUAUAAAUUUUUUUUUAACGAUACUGAGAAAAUACUCGUAAGUAUAAAGUUUGUUUUUAAUAUAAUUGUCGAUGUUUGAGGUUGUGAUGAACGAUGACGAUUGACGACGUUACAUUCAAUUUUGUUGUAUAGCUACUCUCGUAAUUCGUAUAUAAAAAUUCUCGUCGUAGAGUAAUCGAGUUCGAUGUUAAUAAUGAGGGUUUUUGACAUUAACGGCAAAUAGGCAAACGCAAACGGCAGCCCGCCCGGCAUAGCUUGAAUUUGUGUGAAAAUACUACUCGGGUAUUUUUCCUCUUUCUCGUUCGUACAACAAGCUUGCUCAUAAUCGCCUCGCCAUUCAUUUCCAAUUCGAUGGAGAUUUUGAGUGAAGCAGUAAAAUGGAAAAAAAAUAUAAUAAAAACGAAAAUACAAAAAAAAAAAAUCCAAUCCAACAACAACAACUUAAUACUGUGUGUACUUUGGUGUGCUCUGCUCUGUGUUUUCUGGCUUGGCUGGUUGCUGGCUGUUGCUGGAACAGUUUUUCGUGUGUGUUGAAACUGACAGUAUUGAAAUAAUCGCUGACGGUGUAGGUUCGUAUUUUCUUAAACAUCGUCGCUAGUUUUGUUGUUUUGUAGUUCGCUCUCUCUCAUUUCUCUCUCUCUCUCUCAAUUUUUUUAACAAGUGGUGAUUUUGUUUCAUAUGAAUGAGGGUUUUUGAGUUUUCUAAUUCGAAUAUAAAUUUUGAAAGUAGGGAAGAAAACGAAGAUAAAUAAUAAAAAAAAAUACAACAAUGAUGAUGACACCAAUACUAUCAUCAUCAUCAUCACCAACAGCUUUAACUGCUGCUGGUGGAACUGGCACUUCUGAUAUUGAAAUGCCCACAUCAACACCAACAACAACAACAACAAUUAUUAAUAAUAAUCGUAUUGAAAAACCAGAACGUAACCUUUGGCGUGAACAGGAAAUGUUAACCGUUUUGCAAAUUAUAAGAGAGAAAAAAUUAUUACCGCUUUUGAAUGAUAAAACCGUUCGCAGCGAAGCGGUUUUUCGCAAAGUCGAAAAAGAAAUGUUUGAACGCGGUUUUUGCAAGAAGAAUUUUCAACAAAUUUGGACAAAGUGGAAAUUUUUGAAGUCAACUUAUAUGACGUCACGACGCGUGCACCAGAUACCGAAAAUUAUACCGUUGGAAGUUUAUGAAUCGUUAGAUGAGCUUUUAAGUACGGAAUUUCAGAAUGAUGGUUCAAUGUCAUCAUAUGAUGGUGGUGAUUAUGAUGAUGCGGGUGGGGGUGGUUGUGGUGGUGGUGGUUAUAGUGGAAAUGUCAGUAGCGGCGGUGGUGGUUGUUAUGAGAUGAAUGCAUCCGUUUCGACAACCGGAAGUAACGAUGGAUAUUUGCCGGUUAUAUCGAAUGUUCAGGGUAAUUUGCCGUCAGCUGCUUUGUCGUUGUCAUCAUCGUCGGUCGCAACGCCGACUUUAUUUAAUGGCGCUGGCAGCAGCAGUGGCGGCGGCGGUAGAAAUUAUGCGACAGAUUUAAAUGGAUUCGCUGGUGGUGGUAUGCGAAGAAAUAAUAAAUUUAAAAAUGGAUUUCGCUCGUCGUUCAAAAACGAAGACGACACUAAUGGAUUCGGUAUGCAACACCCUAUUUUUGGAUAUCGAUUAGGGGUGGUUAAGGAUGAGCCAAUUGAUGAUGAAUAUGAAGAUAACAACAAUACAACUGCAGAAGUUGAAGCUGAUAACUCCUUCACCGACACACACAUCCACGAACCAUCCAAUUCGAAUUCACAAUUUACAGAGAUAAAACCAGAACUAACAUCACCACCUGCCUCGCCGUCACCAGCGCCAUCUACAAUCCAAGAAGAUGAUCAUUUACCAGUACCUGUUAUUCAAAGUAUGUCUCAUUCUCAUCAUUCCUCAGCAAUUGAUCCAAUGGACAUUGGAGAGUCACCUCUCAUUGAUCCACACAUGCCCCCACUUCACAGAUACACUCCCCCUCCUCCUUCCUACCGUUCCUCCGCCGAUCACCAACAUCCACCUCCCCUCAAACAAAUGCCAUUCAUGAAAAUCCAACUGCCUCCUCGACCACAAAUAACUCAAACAACAAAAAUGAACGAAUCACCUCCAAUUCCAAUCGAGUACAACUCGAAGAAGAUUCCAGUGUUGACACUGCGUAAACGCAAGAAGCGUCUAAACAUUCCCGAUCUCUCUGAGGGAACACAAUCGCCCGCACCAAGUUCCAAACAUUCCAAAAUUUCCGAUGAAGAUGAUUCGCGGGAGUCGCCCCCCGAAACAACACGCAUUCCAUUUGUCACUUAUGGCAAAGCAAUGCGAGAGAUGAGUGCAUCUCUGCGAGAUAUGCAACGGGAGAUGAUCGAUGACUUUUUUAAACAACAAAUGGAUUUGGCUAGAUCGGAACAUGAAUUCCAGAAGCAACAGGAUGCAAUGUUGUUGAGAUGUUUCGAGGAUCAAACUAAAUUGCUAUUAGAUGGAGCAAAGAGAUUGUUUGCUGGGGAUAAUCCCGGUCCAGAUGAUGUUUACGAAUAGACUUAUAAAUUAGAAUUAAGAAACCAAGAAAUAAAGUAAAAAGAACAAGAAGAGAUAAUAGUGGACUGGAUCCACAAUAAUUUAUGAUCAUUCCAUUUGUUAACCAUAAAAGACUAAUUAAAUAUUAAUUUUUUAGAAGCUACACAAUUACAUUCUCUAUAUAUAUAUUAUGUGUAUAGUUAUCAUUCCAUUCAAAUAUUUAUUUUAUUUUUAUUUUUUUCGUUUAAGUUAAAAAAUACAUAAUACAAAA